AUGCCCCAAGCCUCGGAGCACCGUGUCGGCCGGGCCAGAGACCACACUGUUGUCACCUCCCAGCCCAAGGCUGCUGCCAAGCUGCCCAGCGGGCACCGGGCCCUGAGCCAGGAGCGCCAUGCUGCCACCCUGGCCUCCACCGCCGCCGCCAACGGGCUCUCCCCGGCCCCCAAGCUUCGCCUUCUGCCGCCCCGGCCCAGCCCACUGGAUGACCGUGGCAAGAAGCUGGAGCUGGACCGGGGUCGGGCCUCGAAACGGGGGGAGGCUCUCCGUGGCUCGGCGUGCCGGCGGGGGCCCGUGAAGGCGGACCAUGCGGUGCGGGUGCCCGGCUCUCCGCAGGCGGGUGCUGUGCUGGGCAGCGCCUCCUUCUCCCUGCCCGCUGGGGCCUCGCUGGCGGGGCGCGAGGCGGAGCGCCGACGGAGCAACCUGGCCCGCUCCAAAUCCAUCAGCAUCGGGGACCUGAGCCAGGGUGGCGGCAGUGGCCGCGCCGAGGACGUGGCGGCGGUGCUGAGCCGGUUGGUGCUGAGGGACUGCGGCCACCAGCUGAGCGCUGGCUCGCUGGCGCUCAGGAGGAGCUCCUCUCUCCGGAGGGUCAACGUCUCCCCAGGGCUGGAUGGGAAGCCCACUGCCCCGCUGCUCUCCGUCCGGCCCGAGGGCUGCCCGAGGACUCGUACUGCCCCCGACUCCCCGUACACCCACAGCCCCAGCGUUCUGGCGCCUGGCAGCCCCGCCGUGGGCCGAGCCCCGGCACCCGGCAGGACCGAGGAGAAGGCAGCAGCCGGAGCCACGCUGGUGGAGCUGCCACGCAAGCUGCACCGCACCCUGCUCACCAAGCGGGAGCUGCAGGGCCGCGGCGCUGACAUCUCCGAGUCGGUGGUACACACAGCCGUCAUGGGGCUGCUGCUCGUCAGCGGCGAGACCCAUCACACCUUGCUGCUGGGCUCAGGCCACGUCGGCCUCAGGAACCUGGGCAACACGUGCUUCAUGAACGCUGUGCUGCAGUGCUUGAGCAGUACCAAGCCGCUGCGGGACUACUGCCUGCGCCGGGACUUCCAGCAGGAGCAGCCCCCCGGCCCCCGCGCCCCCCAGGAGCUCACCGAAGCCUUCGCCGAUGUCAUCGCCGCCCUCUGGCACCCCGACUCCUCUGAGGCCGUCAACCCUGGGCGCUUCAAGGCUGUCUUUCAGAAAUACGUUCCCUCCUUCACCGGAUACAGCCAGCAGGACGCGCAGGAGUUCCUCAAGUUCUUCAUGGACCGGCUGCAUGUGGAGAUCAACCGCAAGGGCCGCAGGACCCCCAGCAUCCUCUCGGAUGCUCGGCGGACCCCCGCACUGGAGGACCCUGAGACACUGAGCGACGAUGAACGCGCCAACCAGAUGUGGAAGCGAUACCUGGAGAGGGAGGACAGCAAGAUCGUGGAUCUCUUCGUGGGGCAGCUGAAGAGCUGCCUGAAGUGCCAGGCGUGCGGCUACCGCUCCACCACCUUUGAGGUCUUCUGCGAUCUCUCCCUGCCCAUCCCAAAGAAGAGCUUUGCUGGUGGGAAGGUCUCGCUCCACGACUGCUUCAGCCUCUUCACCAAGGAGGAGGAGCUGGACUCGGAGAACGCCCCGGUCUGCGACAAGUGCCGGCAGCGGACGCGGAGCACGAAGAAGCUGACAAUCCAGCGCUUCCCCCGCAUUCUGGUGCUCCACCUGAACCGGUUCUCCACCACCCGCUACUCCAUCAAGAAGUGCUCCGUCUUCGUGGACUUUCCCCUGCAGCAGCUCAACCUGCGGGAGUUCGCCAGCGAGAAGGUCUCCGAGCUCGGCCUGGAGGGUGACGUCCUGCCCGUCCCCGGGGACCACCCGGCCUCCAGGAACCGCUUCCUCUACACCGGCGGGGCCCUGCACAAGAUGCCCUCGGGCCUGGGAGGCCUGCUGCGGCCAGUGCCCCCCUUCUCGCGGGCGCUGCUCUGGAGCGGGGUGCGGGACCUGCUGGCGCCAGCUGGGACGGAGUCCGACGAGAGCGUGCACGCCUUCGUUCAUCGCCGCUUCGGCCGGGAGGUGGCCGACAUCGCCGUGGACAGCCUGUGCCGGGGGGUGUUUGCCGGGGACUGCCGGGCACUGAGCAUCCGCUCCUGCUUCCCCGCGCUCUUUGAGGCCGAGCGGCGCCGGCGAUCCGUCCUGCUGGGGCUGGCGCUGGGCUCCGGGAAGGAGCGCGGGGCCGAGUCAGGGCUGAGCCAGCGGGCACGGGCUGAGCGCUGGAGCCAGUGGUCGCUGCGGGGUGGGAUGGAGAGCCUGCCCGAGGCGCUGGCGGCCUUCCUGCGCCUGCGCGGCGUCGAGCUGCGCUGUCACACGCCCCUGCGCCGCCUGAGCCGCCGCCCCGACGGCCGCUGGCAGCUCACCCUGGCAGACGGCACCGUGACGGCCGACCACGUGGUCAGCGCCCUCCCGGCCGCAGCCCUGGCUGAGGUCCUGCCAGCCGAGGCCGAGCCGCUGGCACAGGAGCUACGGCACAUCCCGACUGUGUCAGUGGCCGUGGUGAACCUGCAGUACGAGGGUGUCGCAUUGCCUGUCACGGGCUUUGGGCACUUGGUGCCCUCCUCCGAGGAUGCCUCCCUCCUGGGCAUUGUCUACGACUCAGUGGCCUUUCCCCAGCACGACGCCACGGGGGCCGCCUCGGUGCGGCUGACGGUGAUGCUGGGAGGCGCCUGGUUCGGGCAGAGCUUUGGGGACCCGGCGACAGUGGCGCCGGCACUGCUGCUGCGGCGGGCACAGGCGGCCGUGCGGGAGCAGCUGGGCCUGGAGCCGGCCCCGACCCGCUCCAUCGUCAGGGUGCACCAGAGGCGCCCCCCCCCUGCCCCCGCCCCCACAGAGCGCAUCGGCAGCUUCCUGGCGGAGCAGCGGCUACCCCUCAGCCUCAUCGGGGCCUCCUAUGCCGGUGUCUCCGUCAACGACUGCAUCGCCAGCGCCAAAGCAGCCGUCGGGCGGCUGCUGGGUCAGCUGCACUGA